GAGGCAGCCGCCGUGAUGUACGUGUUCCUCAUGAUCCAGCACCACAAGACCACCAUCUUCACGGACGCCAAGGACUCGAACACCUUGUUCGAGCUGAAGCGCAUCGUCGAGGGCAUCCUCAAGCAGCCACCAGACAAGCAGCGGAUGUACAAGGACGACCAGCUUCUGGACCACGGAAAGACAUUGGGAGAGUGUGGCUUCACCAGCCAGACAGCACGACCUCAGGUCCCAGCCACUGUGGGGCUAGACUUCAGGGCAGAUGAAGCCUUUGAGACCCUUAGCAGCGAGCCCUUCUCCAGCCCACCCGAGCUGCCGGAUGUGAUGAAGCCGCAGGACUUAGGAAGCAGCGCUAAUGAACAAGCUCUGCAGUGA